AUGGAGAAUCCUCACGUGCAUGAAAACUUACAACAUAUCCAGGCAGUGUUGUCUAACUAUGAUACAUCAUUUCUAUCGGAUGAUGAAGAGGAUUACUGUCCACUUUGUAUGGAGGCGUUAGAUAUUACAGACAAGAAUUUCAAGCCGUGUCCAUGUGGGUAUCAAAUCUGUCAAUUUUGUUACAAUAAUAUCCGACAAAACCCUGAGUUGAAUGGGCGGUGUCCAGCAUGUCGUCGAAAGUAUGAUGACGAGUCUGUGGAGUAUAUUGUGUUGUCUCCUGAAGAGUUGAAGAUGGAGCGGGCGAAGCAGGCGCGGAAGGAGCGGGAGAGGAAGCAGCGGGAGAAGGAACGGAAGGAGAACGAGUAUGCUAAUAGGAAGCACCUAGCUGGAAUGCGGGUGAUCCAGAAGAAUUUGGUGUACGUUAUUGGGUUGAAUCCGCCUGUGUCGUAUGAGGAGGUUGGGGCUCUCUUGCGAUCGGACAAGUACUUUGGGCAGUAUGGCAAGAUUAACAAAAUUGUGGUCAACAAAAAAACUGGUCACAACGAUCAUCAAACUGGUUAUGGGAUAUAUGUGACAUUUUCCAGGAAGGAGGAUGCUGCCAAGUGUAUACAGUCAGUGGAUGGUACUUUUAUGGAUGGUCGACAGGUGAAAGCUGCAUAUGGAACAACCAAGUACUGCUCAUCAUAUUUGCGUGGCCAGUCGUGUCCUAACCCAAACUGUAUGUUUUUACAUGAGCCGGGGGAAGAGGCGGACUCUUUUAACAAGCGAGAGCUUAAUAAGUCUCAGCAGCCUCAAACUUUGCCGCCGCCGCCGCCGCAGCAACACCAGCAACACCACUUACAACAACAACAACACUUGCAGCAGCAGCAAUUGAACUUGCACCUACAGUCCUUACACCAGCCAUUGCAGCAGUCUCAAUCCCAGCAACAGCAGCAGCAGCAACAUCACCAUAUUCACCAUCCUGCCCCAUUCAAAAGUGUUCAAGUAUCUGCUGCAGCGAUAUCCACCAAUAGUAAUGAUGUAUCUGCUGCGGCUUCUCCAGCACAGGGAAAGACUCAGCUGCACACGGACGACAGUUCUUCCUCGUCUACUCCUGCUGCCCACACGCCAAUUUUAACACCUGCGCCAUUGCCCACGGGUGCAAAUCCAUGGGGCAUUACGCAAUCGUCUACUCCAGUGUCCGCAUUGUCUAAAACAUCCAGUUCUACGGCAUUCCCAACCCUGGGUGAAGCAAUCAACACUCCCAACCCUGCCCUCAACAAUGUGACAGCAGCAUCGAUUUCUCACAGCAAUCAUUUAAGCGGUGCAACCGGCAGUAAGAACAAAAAGAAUAACGACAAGACCUACGAGGACCCAUAUGAUCCCUUGUGCAGCGCGGUGAAGUUCAUCGAUGAAACAACUAACUUCUUGUCAGAUUACCGUCCUGUGACUUAUAGACUUCGGUCUGGACAGAUUGAUGACGAAACAUAUGCAAGCUACCCUUCCUUGUUUUCGUUCUCAAAUAUUGCUGUUUCUGAAACUUCAGAUGGAAUUCUUGGUAGGAAACUAAUCGACAUGUUGUCCAUUAAGCCUGUUGAACAUACCAUGUCUACACUCCCAGCUGUGUACGACAUGUCCCCUCAAUUGCAACAGCAAUUUUUGAAACAACAAAUACAACCUCCACCAAAAAAACCACAGCAGAAACUACCACAGCUCACAGGCUUCGUUCGACAGGGCCCAUCUGACAUGACUCCCCAGCAUAUGAAUGCUGAGUUGCAUCCUCAUCAUCAUAGCCAGCAGCAAUCAAAACCUGUGGUCAAUACUCCUCCUCCAGGAAUGUUUGUGCAAGCUAGCCAGGUUCCACAAGGUCAGCCCGUGGCUCAAUCUCGGAGUAACAACUCCACAGAUUUGUUGAAUCAAUUGAUCAAUGGCAAAAAAGUUACUGCUGCUAACUGA